UAUCCUCUUAACCUUUCUCUUUAAGUACCCACGGACGAUAGCUUAUGUAGGUACCGAACGUGUCGUAUGCAGAACGUAUACCUGCCUCAUGUACAUACAUAUAUAUGUAGCUAGAGGUACAUACUAAAGUACAUGCAGGUGCCCUGAGCUCCAUUGAAGCUCUAAUAGCUCGGACCUUACCUACCUUAGGUACAUUUAAGGAAAAUGCGUGGACGAUGGUGGCCCCACUUCCACUGCUCCUCCUCACCUUCCGUUAUGGCCGAUGUAAAAAAGAUAUUACCUUACCUGAGUACCAGAGUACCACGCAAAAGUAUAAUUUAUUCUCAAUUGUUUUGAUCAAUUUGAUUUUUUCUAUUUUUUUGUUCUAUUUUUCUAUAAGAACUUUACAUCGCCGAUUGUUUCUUCCCCCCUCAUACUCAUGAUAAGCCACCGUCCGAGGCACGCGCUUCAUCCACGCAUUAUCACGCAUUAUUACUCCCUAAAGUCCGAAUCCUCUCCUUCCAGCCACAAUGGCGCUCAACCUUGAAAGGCAGCUUACCUUCUAUGGCGCGUACCAUUAUAACUCCGUUAACGUCGCCAUUCACAUGAUCUGUGUACCAUUAAUAUUAUUCUCAGGAUUUGCUAUAGCUGCAAAUACCGGUACGCUUAUCCCUCUACCGAAAGCCUUAACGAUACCUCAUCUCGACCUCAAUCUUGGCACAAUAGCAGCGUUUAUGUGGGGAGGUUUAUAUGUCCUUCUCGAGCCUGUCGCCGGAACGAUCUUAGGUUUAAUAUGCCUCGGAGCAGCCGCGUUUACAAACACCGCCGUGUCCGAAAACCCGACUCUGACGAACCAAAUCGCCAUCACCGUACAUGUGGUAUGUUGGUUACUACAAUUCGUUGGACACGGUGCAUUUGAAGGCCGGGCACCUGCGCUACUGGAUAACUUGACCCAAGCUAUCUUUUUAGCACCCCUUUUCGUCUGGCUCGAGUUUUUAUUCAAGUUCGGUUAUCGAAGAGAAUUACAGGAUCGCGUCGGGAAGGCCGUUCAAGUCGAGGUAGCCAAGUUCAGGCAACAGAAAUCAUCCAACGCCAUGAAGAAUGGGAAGGCUCAAUGAACAAUACC